AUGCAAGUUGUUGAAGUUUAUAAAGAAAUUCAAGCUCAACAAAUGAACAUCCUUAAAGCUUUUUACGUUGAUCUUCUCGUGCCAUUAGAAACAAAUUUAGAAAAAGAUACAAAAGUCGUUCAAAUAUUCUAUUGGCACGACAAAACUAAACAGAAACACGUUUAUAAGGGGUUUAAAAGAUAA